AUGUAAAGAAAUUAAGAGGAAGACGUUUAUGAUUUUUUAUUUAAAAUCGUUUUGAUAGGUGAUUCAGGUGUAGGAAAAUCUUGUUUAAUUUCUAGAUUCACAAAAGAUUAAUUUUCAAUGGAAUAGCAACCAACAAUAGGAGUGGAGUUUUCAACCAAGACAAUAAAAAUAUCAGAUAAAAUUAUAAAAGCUCAAAUUUGGGAUACAGCUGGUUAAGAGAGGUAUAGAGCAAUUACUUCAGCUUAUUAUAGAGGUGCAGCUGGAGCUUUGAUCGUUUUUGAUAUAACUAAAUAAACUUCAUUUGAGAAUCUAGCAAAAUGGUAUAAAGAACUUCAAGAGCAUUCAGAUGUUUAAAUAGUAACAAUGCUUAUAGGAAAUAAAUGUGAUUUGGCUGACUAAAGAAAUAUAUCAAAAGAUGCCGCUUCAAAGUUUGCAUAAGAAUAUGACAUGGCCUAUUUAGAAACUAGUGCCUUACAUAGUACAAAUGUCGAAUAAGCUUUCCAUUAAAUAAUUAAAUAUAUUUACGAUUCAACUAUUUCAGGAAAUACAUAGAGAAAAAGUAUAGCAAAAUUUGGUAAAAAUAUUCAAACUUUGUCACUAGAGAAUAAGCUUAAAAAUAAAGAUUAAAAAUAAGAAUCAGAGGAUAAUAAAAAAUCUUGUUGUUGA